AUGUUUCGAGUGGUUUCUGACAUGGUCUCAUUUGACCCCGCAAUGCUAAGAGCUGUUGCCUUUACCACUUUUUUGCUAGCAGUGACAGCUGUGGUCCGCUGGGAAGAGCGUACCUUAAAAUGUGAUGCCGAUGACUGUGAACUCGCAAUUCGCAACAAUACCUUCAAACCAGCGGACUGUACGUUAGAUGCUGAUUCGCGACAUACUUGUAAUAUCGAAUGUGAAGGUGCAGAUCGGGACUCGGUCAUUUCGAAAAGUCCAACAACUAGUCGGCGAUGCAUAAGGUACGUAUAGUG